UAACCUUGGAAUGUAUUCCGACAAGCAAAGCAGAGAUUUGCAUAUAUUAUCAAAAGCAUGAUAGUAAUUUUUUCCUUGAUUAUACACCUUCAACUGACUAGUUUGCAUUUGCUCUUGCUAUCCCAUCACCUUGAAGCUCUUGAUGCCCUUGAAAUUAUCAACUACCAAACAACAAAAUAUACAAUCCCCGAGAAUUGGAAAGAGCAUUCGGCGACCGACAAAGAAAAUACGGAUGGACAGGAAGAGCCUGAACCGGAGGAGAGCUAUUUGAAAUUCGAUGACGAAGGUCAGGUUCAAACGACAUCUUCCUUCAAGGAAUUGAACGAGGGAGCCUUCUGUCGGCGAAGUUUUGAUGGAAGGAGCGGUUACUGUAUCCUAGCCUACCAGUGCCUCCAUGUGAUCCGGGAGUACCGGGUGCAUGGGACACAUAUUGACAUCUGUACUCACAGAAAUAAUGUGCCAGUUAUUUGUUGUCCUUUGGCCGACAAACAUGUCCUGGCCCAGCGAAUUAGUGCCACCAAAUGCCAGGAGUACAAUGCGGCGACUAGACGACUUAAAUUGGGCGACACUUCGAGGACCUUCUCUGGAAAGCAAUGUGUCCCUAGUAUUCCAUUGAUUGUAGGAGGGACCCCUACCCGAAGUAACCUCUUUCCCCACAUGGCUGCCUUAGGCUGGUCGCAGGGUACUCAGGGUGCCCCGCCCGUGGACAUUAAGUGGGGCUGCGGAGGCACGCUGGUCAGUGAUCUGUACGUCUUGACUGCCGCCCAUUGCGCCACCUCGGGUAGCAAACCCCCGGAUAUGGUUAGACUGGGUACAAGGCAACUAAAUGAAACCAGUACUUCCCAGCAGGACAUUAAAAUUCUCAUCAUUAUCCUGCACCCCAAGUACCGCUCGUCGGCUUAUUAUCAUGAUAUUGCCCUACUAAAACUUACUCGUCAGGUGCAAUUCUCAGAGGCGGUGCGUCCUGCCUGUCUGUGGCAGGGACAUGAAUUGCAGAUUCCCACUGUGGUGGCGGCCGGCUGGGGGCGCACCGAGUUCCUGGGUUCCAAGUCCAACUCAUUGCGGCAGGUGGAUCUGGACAUUAUUCCCCAACUGCAAUGCAAGCAGAUCUAUCGCAAGGAGCGACGUCUUCCACGCGGUAUUAUCGAUGGCCAGUUCUGCGCCGGCCACUUGCCUGGCGGCAAGGACACCUGUCAAGGCGAUUCCGGUGGACCCAUCCAUGCCAUAUUACCGGAAUACAACUGCGUGGCCUUCGUUGUGGGCAUCACAUCCUUUGGGAAGUUUUGUGCUGCUCCAAAUGCUCCUGGAGUGUAUACCAGGAUAUACAACUACUUGGACUGGAUUGAAAAGAUUGUCUUUAAGAAGACUUAACCAGAGCUGCAGGUAUAGAAAUAAAUAAUUUUUUUAAUAAGAUACAUUGUG